AUGCAUCUCAGUCUCGAUACAUUCAUCCUAUCAACCCUCCUCUCUGGGGCUCAGGCAGCCCUCGAGGCUCCUAUUGCAGGGUACAGUGUGAUUAUUCCCGAAUGGGACGUCCAAGCCUACCCCGGAGGCACCAAGAAAGCUGUUCCACUCAAUGGCACGAUCCAGGAAGUUCAUGCACAGCUUCUUCAAAUCAACCCUGACUACGACUCAAGCUUUGAUCGUAGUCUUUCCGGCAUGGCUCGACUAUCUCAAAUAACAACAGACCCAGAAAAACACAUCAUUUUGCAUGGGGACAACGAGUUCGUCGGGGCCAAUUACACGUGUGGCAACAAUACAUGGGGUCAUGCUAUCACAGGUCAAAUCGAAGAUGGAAUACAAUACCUGCGGAAGGUAGUUGGCAAGCCGAAGGCACACGCCGGACCGCAAGCUUGCGGGCGAGUGAGCUGCUCAUUUGGCUCUGCUAUCUGGUGGUGUAACGAUAACACCAGCCCAAAGGAACUUGAAGAUUUCUCCGUCAUUGCCAGCGGCGCCCACUACCUUCGGAUUCAGAAGCAGUGCAAGCUUGGUUACAUGUUUUAUCAUGAAUAUUACAUGCGCGGGCAGGUAUUCCACAAAGAUGGGUGGAGCGUCAUUGUUAGAGGAGAUAAGUGCAAGUAA